GGAAUCAAAUUCACUGCACUUUGCAUCAGCACUUAGUGCUGUGCAGACACAAGUCCCACUUCGUCCUUUCUUCACAAAACUUCAUUUUAGCUAAUGUAAACUUUGAUUUGGCAAAUUUUGAUCUGAGACUGCAACCAGCAACCAGAUAUUCCAACAAGAUUUUCAUUAAAAGCAAGAAGAAAGGACUGAUCCCAGUAACCAUGCCACUAGCUGGAACCCCUGCACCUACCAAGAAGAAAAGAACAUCCAGAAUAAUUACAAAAACAAUUAAGGAUGCCGGAACCGAGAUUAACUUUGGGAAGAAAAUCAGCAUCCCAAGGGAUGUUAUGCUGGAGGAACUGUCACUGUUGAAGAAUAAAGGAUCCCUGAUGUUUAAAGAGAGGCAACGCAGGGUCGAAAGAUUCAUCUAUGAGUCCAAUCCUGAUGUCUUUAACCCAGAUUCAAUGGAUAACUACCAGAAGUUUCUACCUGGUUCUGGUGUUGUGCUGAAGACUGGGGCAGAUGGCAUCCAAGUGAUUGGACAAAUGGGAUCUGGAGUCAGAAGUGGGUACAGUCGCUUUGGAACACAUUCGAAGGGCACAGCACCGGCACCAUAUCCCAAACAUCAGCACCAUGCUGCAGCCUCUGGGAUCACCGGAAAACGUGGGAGUGGUCAAGCAGCUGGAGGGACUGGAGGCCUUGAGGGUAGCGGUGAUCAUGGACAGAGGAACAUCAUCAGAGAGGAACAAAAGAAGAGAAAACGGAAAAGUGGAGCUGAUGGUGGAAAGGAAGCUGGAGGAACAGGGAAAAAACACAUUACGAUAUUGAAAACCUAUGUGUCACCCUGGGAACAGGCCAUGGGCAAUGAUCCUGAACUGAAGGCGACCAUGAGUUUACACAUGGCAUCUCCAUCUGUUCCAUCCAAGCAACGUUCUUAUAAAUCUUUCAAUAGAACUGCCAUGCCAUAUGGAGGGUUUGAAAAAGCAGCCAAACUGAUGACAUUUCAGCUCCCGGAAUUUGAUACAGCUCCUCCAGAACCUGAGCCUGUGGUCGUAUUCCACCAAGGUAUCAGCUGCCGGCCAAACUUUAACAGGACCCCUCUGGGCUGGACUCCAAUGAGCACAGAUUCUUUGGUUAAUCUUGGAAUAGAUCUUGAGCUCAACGCUGAAACUGAUGACUUGUAGGAGGUUUGGACGAGCGGCUUAAAGUCAUUUGAUUUGAGCACUCGUUUGGCCUUAGCUCAGGAGCACUUUGAAAACAUUGUAUUAGGAGUGACAUUUGGCUAGAAUCAUCAGUGUAUCAAGAUGUAGUCUUUAAAAGCUGAUGGCUUCUCAAAACCUCUUGCCUCAUCCAUUACUGAUACAUUCUGUUCCUUUACUCAAAUACAGAUCUAGAACAAGUUUCAGGUUCCUGUGACAGUUUACAUGGUUGAAGUAAGAGUAAACAAAGCAAUACAUGAUAGAGAUACAUUUUUGGCUUGGAUGUCUCUAAGAUAGUAAUGUUAUCAGGCAACUAUUUUCUAAACAAAAUAAAAAUUUAACAAAAA